CGCCGGAUCCGGGCCUGUUCGGAGGGGGCCCAACCACGGCCAAUCCUGUCCCUAAAGCCGGAAGCUGCAGAAACGGCUGGAAGAAAGAGAAAAUAGGCGGGAGAAACGCCGAAACGCGAAACGUUUCGGGUACUCAAAACCAAAAUCGAAACGCAAAAAAUUGACGAGAAAUUGAAAUUGCCGAGAUAUCACGAUAACAUAAUAUAUCGCGAGAAUUUACGAUAUUUUCUCGAUAUAUUGGUUUCCGGCGAUAUAUUGACACGAAGGUUGAAAUAAAUCCCCCAGGAUAAGCGAAAAUACAUCGGCCGGCGAUAACUCUGGCGGCAUAGAGUUCUCAGUCCGGGACGGUGUACACUGUACUCUUUCUCUCUCUCUCUCAUUCUCUGGUUCACUUCCAUAAGCAUAGCAGAGGGCGGUUUGCUGAGAUUCACUUCUGGGAUUCAUUUAUUCUUCCAGCUGCUGCACGCUUUCGAGUUCGUCUUCCAUGGAUUCUUCGGUAAUGGUCCGACCCGGAAAUGGAUCGAUUCCGACAGAAAAAAAGAAACGGAGAGAGAAGUGGAGGUAGAUGCUAAAAAGGGGAAGGAGACGGUGGCUAAUUACAAAUUGAUCCUCAUACUCCUACAUAUUACAAAUUGACCAUUUAUUCGCUUAUUUUGUUUGUUUUUCCCCUCCUUUUCCCCCUUUUCCCUCUCUUCCAAGGAACAAAAUGUUCCAAGCAACAAAAUGCGUACACUCUAUUUCAGAUCCAUAUCCAUAUUAAUUUUACCAUGGUUUAUGUAAUUAUUGAUGUCAAUUUUUAUGUCUUAUUUUUCGAGUCAUCAUUCGACGAUAUAUGAAUUAUAGUCGACAUCAUCGCAACUGCAGAGUAACAACGUUACAUCUCUCGCUACAAGACUAUUCAGAAAUCAAAUUAAACCCUCUAUUUCACCCCCAAAAGUUUUCUAAUCAAGUGGUUAAAGUAUUAAGUAGAAGAGUUUCAUCAACCAAUUAUCAUCAACACACAGAAACUACAGAUCAGUCAGCACAAACUUUGUGGGUCACCAUUAAAAUCCAAAACUGCACCAAACCAUUGCCAGCCACAAAUCUGAUCCCAAUAAGAGAAACCAACAACAGCAGAGAAACACAUUACCAAUAGGAGAAGAGCCCAAAAUCCUCCCAACCUUAUCCAAUCCCCUUCCACAUCAUCAUCACCAACUCUCCUGGCUUCCAACACUCCACAAAAAAUCUCCCAUAACUGAAAUAGUAAGAACACCACCCACAAGAGGAAGAAGAAGAAAAAAAGGGGUCUCACCCAAAUUUCCCCACCACCAUUAUACCAUCCAUGGCUGCUUCAAUGAUGAGCUCCUCUUCAAGUGUUCUUGCCUGCAACUACUCAGCCACUUCUGAUCUAGGCAAUGCCACCAGAAACUUUCAGCAGCAGCAAUCUUCUUCCUCCACAGUUAAGUUCCCAGUGAUCAGGGCCCAACAGCAGCCAGCAGGUGAGAAUCAAGUUGCUGCUGGAAAUGGAAGGAGAGCUGCAAUGGGGAUUCUUGCAGCUACCGUCUUUGCCACUGCUUCUUCUGCUAACGCUGGAGUCAUUGAGGAUUACCUCGAGAAGAGCAAAACCAACAAGGAGCUAAACGACAAGAAGAGGCUGGCAACAAGUGGAGCGAACUUUGCCAGGGCAUUCACAGUGCAGUUUGGGUCCUGCAAGUUCCCUGAGAACUUCACUGGCUGCCAAGACCUUGCCAAGCAGAAGAAAGUGCCAUUCAUUUCUGAUGACUUGGAUUUGGAGUGCAAAGGGAAAGACAAGUACAAGUGUGGUUCCAAUGUUUUCUGGAAAUGGUGAUCAUCACGGACGGCACUAUUGGAAAAUGUGAUUUACAAAAAUAAAUCCGACAUUAUUGUUAUUAAUGUUCUCAAUCAUUUCCCCUCCAACUUAAUUCCCUCAUGAAAAAUGUCUUUAUCCAAUCAAAUUUUCCCUGUAAUUAAGAGUAGUAGAGUAUUUAUCUUCGAUGUUUGAGAUAUCGUGCUCGCCAAAGGUAACAUAGCCUAGUGGUGAAACCAUAUAUUGGACCAAUUGAGCUUUGGAUGUGGGAGGUCCUGAGUUCGAUUCUCAAUGGGGGACACCCUGAAACUUGAAAGAACGAUUAUCCUACUCUCGUUUGUAGUUUGCGUAUGGGAAUAUAAGUGGUAGUUUGGGUAAAUCAAACCCGGGACACUACUAUUACUAAUAAAUAUAAUUUUCAUUAGGCUACAACUUUUUGUUGUUCUAUUCUAAACACUAUGUAAUAGCAAAACCCUAUUCUCUAUCUUUAAUUAUUUUCAAAACCUAACAAAUAAUCUAAUUACAAACUACCCUUAAUUUGUAUUGAUUUUAUGGUUGUAUGGCAAGUGUUGAAAGUGUUUUUAGUUUUGAGUUACAUCAAGAACAAAUUUAGAAGUCAAAUAUGCGCCAGUUCGUGAAUAAUUGUCUAAUAGGAUAUACCGAGACAAAUUUGUUGAGCAGUGUAGACACCAAAUGUAUUUUACAAUUUGGUUGAGCAGUGUAGACACCAAAUCUUUUAGCUGUCCAGUCUGGUUUUUGUGUACGGUUUAUAGGUCGGAGUAACAAUAGGGUAGCCCAUUUGGUGGCUAGGAAAGCCAUGUCUUUGUACCCGGCUACUUGCCGUUUCUUUGAUUUUCAGGCCUGGCUGUCUUCCAGGAUGUAACUUUUAUUGUUUGAUCUUAUGGAUUAUCUUUUGUCAAAAAAAAAAAAAGUGUAGACAAAUUCAUUGCUACUUGGAUCCCUUCAAAGCUAAGAGCCUGGCCAGCAACGUAACUAAGUCCCAUUUUGUUCACUGUCCCAUGCAUAUGGACGGUUGUAUGGAUAUGGAACUCAAAGAACCCGGCCAGACCGGACAAAGUGUAUACGUUGCACGUAGUAGUAGUUCAGUGUUUUACAUCACAUCGAUCUGCAUCACAAAAAAAUGCAUCAUUGGCU